UUUCAAUUGCCGUGUGUGUGUUGGGUCCUAUGAGUAUUAAAUGUUUCCAUAUAUAAGUCAUCUUUUGAUGCAUAAUAAACACUAAAUAACUGCUAAGAGCAUUAACUGAGUAUUUUCUGUUUUGUAGUGCACACUUUAGCUCUGUUGUUCCUUCGAAACUUGAUCUGUGGUCCUAAGUGCUGUAGUGAAAGUCAACAGCUAUAUAUAAUUUGUUGAUAAGGUCCAGAAAACAACUUUUUGUGAGUUAAGACGAAAUGUCAACUGAAGGGUAAGUCCUAAAUAUUUGUUGUUCUUCCUUCAGUUAAUUUUUUUCAAGGAAUAACCUUUUUUUAAUAACUAUUGUAUGUUGUCUCUAGUGCUUCAUGCUCAAGUGAAAUUUCAGUGAACGUAAGCGACGCGUUCCAACGUAUUAUGCUGAACAAGAGAUUCGGAAGCUGGAUUGAAUUAGAUAAUGCGCUAAAGGAUUUCCAUAAAAUGACCCAUACACACUAUGUUCACGCAGAAAGUAGAUUGUUGAAGGAUGUGAGAUAUAAAUACUUGUUCGUAGUGUUUCGUUGCACGUUUGGUCGUAAACGUAAAUCAGAAGGUCUGAAUGUGAAUAAAAAACCGUGAGGACUCUAACUAAUGUGUUACAUUUAAGGUCUAAAUUUUUAAAUUGCCAAUCGAUGUUUCGCGUAAGAUUGGAGGGUCAACAAUACGUUAUAAAAUCUUACAACAUGUCUCACAACCAUCCGUGUACUAGUUCGUGGAUGGUUUGUGAUCCGUUGAGUAGACGAUUGUCAUCAGAAGAAAAAGAAAACUUGAAACCAGUUAUAUUGCACUGUCAGUCGACGGACGAAGUUAUCGAAAGUAUUAAGGAAAGAACAGGUAAGCAGGUGACCGCUGCUGAUGUCAAAAAUAU